CUUAUGAUGGGAAGGGUGAUCCUGUUAAGCUUGAGAACUGGGUUAGGGAUUUUGAGAAGCUAUUCGAUGCUAUCCAAUGUCCAGAUAAUAGGAAAGUAGCUAUAGCUGCAUAUUACCUUAAGGAGGAAGCUGACUUUUGGUGGUCGCAGCAUAAGGAGACGUUAAUGGCAAGGCCUGACUUUGAUUGGAAGGCUUUCGGAGUAGCUAUGAAGGAGAAAUUUUAUCCCAAUUUCUUGAGGAGGCAAAAGGCCACUGAGUUUGAUGAGUUGAAGCAAGGUGACAUGACUGUGGAGCAGUACUAUGAGAAGUUUGUAGGAUUGAUGAAGUUUGCUCCCGAGUUAGUACCAACCGAGGAAAGAAAGGCAAUUAGGUUCGAGACUGGACUUAGUCUUGAGGUGAAGCUUGGGCUAGGAGGUUCAACUUUCAGGACCUUAGAGGAAGUGUAUGAUAGAGCUGCUCAUUUAGGUUCCUAUUUGAAACAAGCUGGAGUUGAGAGCUCAAACAACAAGAGGAAGGAAAAUCCUAGUCAGAAUUUUCAGAGGAACGACAAGAAGUUCAAGCCUCAAAAUAACUUUCACCAAGGAGGACAAUCUAGUGGCCAAAGGAAUGGAGGCCAGUAUCAACCACAGAAGGGUGGAAAUGGUUCUAAUAGGGGAAAGAAAGGAGACGAAUGCGUGUAUUUCUGCAAGAGGUGCCCCUACAAUCAUCCUGGAAAGGAUUGUGAAGGAAAGCUGGUGGAGUGUAACUAUUGCCACAAAUUGGGUCACCGAGAGUAUGAGUGCUUCUCCAAGAACCCUGAGUUGAAGACUGACAAAGGCAAGAACGGAAACCAGUUUGGUCAGGGUAAUCGAAACCAUUCAGGAGGCAACAAUUAUCAAGGCGGGAACAAGCAAAAUGGGAACAACAAGACUGUUUCGGGUGGAGCUGGUCCUAGUGUGCCUGCAGUGGCAAGGUUGAAUGUCAUAAGUGCUAGGGAAGCUGAGACGUCCAAGGACGUAGUUACGGGUAAUGUUUCUAUUAAUUCCACUUUUGUUAAAGCUUUAUUUGAUUCAGGAGCCGAGCGUUCAUUUGUGUCAAAGUUAGUUGUUUCAAAAUAUGGCUUAGGAAACCCUAGAGAUGUUGAAAUUCCUAUUAUGUUACCAUCUGGGGAAGUAGUAACUUGCUCAAGAGUAUAUGAGAACGUCCUUGUGAGAAUUGGGGAUGUAGACUUUGAAACCAACCUCAUAGAAUUUCCAUUGGAAGACUUAGAGAUCAUUUUAGGAAUGGAUUGGCUUAAGGAGUAUAAAGCCGAGAUUCUUUGUGGAGAACAAAAAGUGAGAUUGAGGAAUAAGAAUGGGAAAAAGGUGACUUUCAAGACUAAACCACAAGAAGGUAGAAUUAAGAUCAUUUCAGCCUUAAGUUUGGUAAAGCAAGUGCAGAAGGGAGCUUCGUUAUUCUUGUGUAAUGUGCAGAGGUUGGAAGAAGAGAAGCUUAAGAUAGAGCAUGUGAAGGUGGUGAAUGAGUUUCCAGACGUAUUUCCGGAAGAUAUACCGGGAAUGCCACCUCAAAGGGAGUUAGAAUUCACCAUAGACUUAGUUCCUGGAACUGCCCCUAUAUCAAAAGCACCCUAUAGAAUGGCUCCAGCAGAGAUGAAGGAGCUCAACAAGCAACUAGAGGAAUUACUCGAGAAAGGGUACAUUAGACCUAGUUAUUCCCCAUGGGGAGCGCCUGUUUUAUUCGUAAAGAAGAAGGAUGGAAGCUUGAGGCUAUGUAUCGAUUAUAGAGAUCUCAAUAAGGUGACUAUUAAGAAUAAGUAUCCGUUACCGAGGAUUGAUGACCUAUUCGAUCAAUUAAGAGGAGCUGGAAUAUUUUCAAAGAUAGACUUGAGGUCAGGGUAUCACCAACUGCAGAUUGGGGAGAAGGACAUACCAAAGACUGCCUUUAGGACGAGGUAUGGUCACUAUGAGUUCACCGUGAUGCCAUUUGGUUUAACCAAUGCACCAGCGAUGUUUAUGGACCUCAUGAAUAGAGUGUUUCGAGAGUAUUUGGACAAAUUUGUAGUCGUAUUCAUCGAUGAUAUCCUUAUCUACUCAAGGAACAAGGAGGAGCAUGAAGAGCACUUGAGGUCAGUAUUAUCUACACUAAGGGAGAAUCAGCUUUACGCAAAGUUCUCGAAGUGCGAAUUUUGGAUGGAAGAAGUGGCAUUUCUUGGCCACAUUGUGUCAAGAAGGGAAUUUCCGUAG